AUUGAAAAGUGUGUAAAACACCUGGAGUUUAUUUGUGCUGUUUUUCUUUCACACAUUUCUGUUCCGUUAGGAUAGAGUGAAGAUUUUCCUGUCUGAUAGGAAAAACCAUUUACGCGAACGAAUUAUACAACAUAAAACUUAGUCAAAAUGUUUAAAAAUCACCUAGCGAUGAUUGGCAUGAAUGAAACGCCAAACAAGAAGGCCAGAUUUUGGCAAUCAUACAUCAGAUCCCUUAAAGGAUCCGAUGAUAUACGCGCACACGACACGCCAUCCUGGCGGCACCGACCGAUUCUGCUGUUCGACGAACCAGAGACUGCUGUCGGCCGCAUCCACUCUCCCGGCUAUCACUACUUACCGGUGCACCGGGAGACGUACGGUUACUCGCCUCGGCCAAUCUACGACCAUCACUAUCCACGCUCACGACGGGCAUCAAGCGUUGGCAGAUUGGCUGAUGCCGAGAAAGCCUGGGCUGAUCACCUGGAACGGAUGAGGGAUAUUGAUCGCAGAUACCCAUCGCGUUACGGAUUAUACCUGCGAGAUAAGCCCAGCCAGGUUGUGUUUCCCCAGGAAGUCGAGUACGAACCAGACACAAAACCACACUUUUCACUACACUAGAUAGUUGAACGUAGAAUGACAGUCACUAUAUCAAAUUAUUAAAAAACAAAAUAAAAAAAUAAAAAAACAAAAAAAUACACAAAAAAUAUGGUCCAGAAUACAUUACAGAGAACACUGAAACAUACACACAACCAUAAAUACACAAUCUUUUCCGCUAUGGAUAACGAUGUUUUUAUUAAUGCUAAGAACCUGUUGAUUGUAACAUAAUACUUUAUACAACAAAAAAAAAGUUUUCUAUUAAUCAAUCUAUUGAUCGUUCUGAAUCAACGUAACACAAAAUACGAGAUGUAAAACAGUAUGCUAGAAUGGUAUUAUUGAUGAAAUUGUAAUUAUUUUAAAGCAUCAAAUGUCAAGAACAGAACAAAUCAGCGAAUCAAAAGUUAAAAACACGUUCGAAACCAGAACCGUGUACCAAGAGAAAAAUAAUCGAAAAUUAAAUCCGAGACGUAACCGCCGCCGCCAGAAGAUGGCCCAUGACCGUUGGAGAAUUCAUCCAAUCUGACACCGGAAAGUUACACGACGGGAAUCAAACACUGCUCCAGAUCACUCAUUCCGUGCUUGGCAAAAAAAAUCACCUCCGGAGGAAACAAGGGAAAGUUUUUUCGAGAAAAACAACAUCAAACGACGGAAAGACUGUGCGAACAAAAAAAGUCCUGCAGGUAUCACGAACUAAAUUUCCAAUAUCGAACAACAUAAACACGAGCGCUCCAAUACAUAAUAAGGGAAUUUCACGUAUCAGCUUUCCAGCUCGAGCUUUCCCGACACAGUCACAAGCCCCACGGGAUGGGUGACCACGGACACGGAUGCUUUGUUCUCACGCAAGACAGGCCAUUUUAUGUGCCAUGCGCCAUACCGGCGCACAGGAAGACAAUCUUCCUAGAAGCGUAGAUUAAUGAAUGUGGACGGUGUAUGGGAGGAAGAAACUGGCAGCUGGCAGUUAAUUCUCGUUACUAGCAGAAAAAUAAGUCAGGAGAAAAUUAACGCGAACACAUAUUGACAA